AUGGCGUCGGCGGUGUUCUUUCUUGAUCAGAAAGGCAAGCCGCUAUUGUCACGAAACUACCGUGGAGACAUUCCCAUGAGCGCGGUGGAAAAGUUCCCGCUGCUGCUCAUGGAAGUAGAGGACGAAACGGCGGUCGUGCCGCCCUGUCUAAGCCACGAAGGUGUCAACUACCUCUACAUCACCCACAACAAUCUGUACUUGCUGGCGUUGACGAAACGCAAUUCAAAUGCAAUGGAGAUUUUGUUGUUUUUGCAUCGACUCAAGGACGUUUUGAUCGAAUACUUCAAGGAGCUGGCCGAAGAAAGUAUACGAGAUAACUUUGUGGUAAUUUACGAACUGCUGGACGAGAUGAUGGACUAUGGAUAUCCGCAAAUAACCGAAACCAAAAUCCUCAAAGAGUACAUCACUCAGCACUCGCGUAUUUUCGAGCUCGUGGUGCCCCAGGCGCAGGCACGGCCCCCGGUUGCUGUCACCAACGCAGUUUCCUGGCGAUCCGAGGGCAUCACCUACCGCAAAAACGAGGCAUUUUUGGAUGUGGUCGAGAGCGUCAACAUGCUGUGCUCCCCCACUGGCCAGGUUUUACGCUCAGAGAUUUUGGGCAGUGUGCAAAUGAAGUGUUAUUUGUCCGGAAUGCCCGAGCUUCGACUGGGCCUCAACGACCGAGUUAUUUUUGAUCACCAGGCAAAUACCACCGGUAAACAGAUGGCAACUGGCUCAGGAAAAAGCGGAGGACGCGCAAUCGAAAUGGAGGACGUUAAGUUCCACCAGUGUGUACGCCUGUCGCGCUUUGAAAGCGACCGUACUAUUUCGUUCAUCCCCCCCGACGGUGAGUUCGAGUUAAUGUCUUACCGCCUUAAUACAAACGUGAAACCUCUUAUUUGGGUGGACUGUAAAGUUACCAAGCAUGCGACUUCGCGUAUUGAGAUCCUUGUCAAAGUGAAGGGCCAGUUCAAAAAGAGAUCAACCGCCAACAAUGUCGAAAUCACCAUCCCUGUGCCCGACGACGCAGACUCACCCAAAUUCAAAACUACUACGGGAACCGUAAAGUGGAGGCCUGAAAAAUCCAGCAUUGUUUGGAAGAUCCGCCAGUUCGGCGGCGGAAGGGAGUUUGCCAUGAGAGCCGAGCUCGGCUUGCCAGCCGUGCAGGCAUCGGAUGCCACGGAGUCAAAGCCGCCUAUCCAGGUUACCUUCAACAUCCCCUACUUCACAACGUCAGGUAUUCAAGUUCGGUAUCUCAAGAUCAUUGAGCCCAAGCUUCAAUACCAAUCUUAUCCUUGGGUUCGCUAUAUCACAAAGAGUGGCGACGAUUAUGCCAUUCGUAUGAGUUCGUAA